AUGCAAGAUAUUGAAGAUGAACAAAUAUCUCCAAUUAUUCAAAUAUUUGAACGUCUUACAUUUGAACGGGGUCAUGAAGUUCAAGAUCAAGUAACAGCUAUAAUUGAACUAUUUUCAUUAUCAGAUGUAACAUUAGAUAUGUUAGACACAUUAAUUGAUUGUAUUAAAAUUAUUUUUGUUAAUCAACAUACAAAUAAAAAUAUACGAAUAUUAGAUUUUAUAAUAACAUUAACACAUGUAACACAUAUUAAUUAUACAAGUAAUAAAAAUUUAGCACUUGUUUUCGAUACUUUAAUUGAUAUUUUCAGUCAGGCAAUGAUUGCUUUUGAUAGUCAAAUUCGUUGUACAACAUUUCGUCUCUUAAAUAAACUUCAAACAUUUCUUGAUCUUUCUCGAUCACCUUAUAUACCAGGUCAAUUUGAACAAUAUCUAUUAGAAUUACUUCGAAAUGAAACAACAUUUCUUGUUCUUGAUGAAAUUAUACCAUUAGCUGCGAAAUUUCAACAUAAAAAUCAUCGAUUUAUUGAUGCUUUUCUUGAUAGAAUAAAUUCACCAAAAUGGACUACAUAUUUAGAUCGACGUCGUCAAAUCAUGUUAUUACUUGAAUAUUCUUCUUCUUCUCUUCAAUUUCUUUUGUCAACUAUUGAAAAUGAUAAUGAUUUAUCACAAUUAGCUUUCGAAAGUUUAUUAGCUGAUGAACGAGGUUUUACACUUGAUACCAUCGGUAGACAAGGUCGUUUAACAAUAUUUAAAAUAGCUAGUACAUCUCAUGAUUUAUCUCGUUUAAUUUUUACUCG